AUGCCGCAGGGCGGCGUCCAGGCGCUGGAGGCCAUGAUGUACACGCUGCAGCACGUGAACGCGCCGCCCGGCCUCGUGCCCGGCGUCACCAUCGGUGCCCACAUUCUCGACGACUGCGACAAGGACACCUACGGCCUGGAGCAGGCCGUCGACUUUAUCAAAGGAUCAAUCAGCAACAUCGACGACGGCGAGUACCAGUGCAAGGACGGCUCCAUUCCGCUGAUAAGAAACCAGGUCAUAUCGGGCGUGGUGGGCGCCGCCUCCAGCGUCACCUCCAUCCAGGUGGCCAACCUGCUGCGCCUCUUCAAGAUCCCUCAGGUGUCCUUCUUCUCCACCUCUCCGGAGCUGAGCAGCAAGCAGCGGUUCGAGUACUUCUCGCGCACCAUACCGUCGGACGAGUUCCAGGUGAAGGCCAUGGUAGAAAUCGUAAAGCGACUCGGCUGGACCUACGUCUCCAUCAUCUACGAGGAGUCCAACUACGGUGUCAAGGAGUGAUCCUGUUCGGCUCAGACCAGGAGGUGGCUGGUGUGAUGCGCGCCGUGCGCCGUAUGAACGCCACGGGCCGGUUCUCGUGGAUCGGCUCGGACGGCUGGUCGGCACGCUCGCUCGUCUCGGACGGCAACGAGGCAGAGGUGGAGGGCACACUCUCCGUGCAGCCGCAGGCCAACCCCAUCCGCGGCUUCCAGGAGUACUUCCUCAACCUCACCGUCGAGAACAACAAGAGGAACCCUUGGUUCACCGAAUACUGGGAGCACAAUUUUGAGUGCAAGUUCCGGGACAGUCCCAAGACGCUGUACAACCGGAACUACAAACACAACUGCACCGGUCACGAGCGCGUCUCCGUCAACAACACCCAGUUUGAAGCGCAACUGCAGUUUGUGAGCGACGCCGUCAUGGCCUUCGCGCACGCCUUCAAGGACAUGCACAGGCAAAAAUGCAAAAAAGGCUUUGUGGGCCUGUGUCCAGCGAUGGAUCCGAUCAACGGGACAGAACUGCUGUGGUAUCUUCGGAGAGUGCAGUUCAUUGGCCUGAGCGGGGACCGAUUCCAGUUUGACGAACAGGGUGACGGGCCGGCUCGGUACCGGAUCAUCCACUUCAGACAGGUGUCGCCCGGUCACUACAGCUGGGACCAGGUCGGCGAGUACAUCGGUAACCAGCUGCUGCUCAACAUGUCAGCGAUCCAGUUCCGUCUGGGGGCCCCGGAGCCUCCACGGUCCAUCUGCAGCCUGCCCUGCCGGGACGGCCAAGCGCGCAAGUACGUGGACAGCGAGGCCAGCGAGCGGUGCUGCUGGCACUGCUUCAACUGCUCCACAUAUCAGAUCGUCGACCCGGAUGACAACACCGAAUGCCUGACCUGCCGGCUGGGCACGCUGCCGGACGUGACGCACAUGCGCUGCGAGUCGCUGCCCGAGGCGUACCUGCGCGCCGACUCGUCCUGGGCCAUCGGCGCCAUGUCGUUCUCGGCGGCCGGCAUCGUCGUCACCUGCCUGGUGAUCGCCGCCUUCAUCCGGCACGUGGACACGCCGGUGGUGCGCGCCUCGGGCCGCGAGCUCAGCUUCGUCCUGCUGUAUGGCAUCCUGCUGUGCUACGCCAUGACGUUCGUGCUGGUGCUGCGCCCCAGCAACGUGGUGUGCGGCCUGCAGCAGUUUGGCAUUGGCUUCUGCUUCAGCGUGGUCUACAGCGCGCUGCUCACCAAGACCAACCGGAUCGCACGCAUCUUCAACGCCGGGAAGAAGACGGCCGUGCGGCCCAACUUCAUCACUCCCGGCUCGCAGCUGGUGAUCUGUGCGCUGCUCAUCGUUGUGCAGGUGGUGGUGUGCUUCGCUUGGAUGUGGACCACGCCACCCGAGGCGAUCCACCACUACCCCACGCCCGAGGACAACCUGCUUGUCUGCAAGGCGUCCAUCAACGCCUCCUACAUGGUCGGCUUCGCCUACCCGAUCCUGCUGAUCGUCGUAUGCACCGUGUACGCCGUGCUGACGCGCAAGAUCCCCGAGGCGUUCAACGAGAGCAAGUACAUCGGCUUCACCAUGUACACAACGUGUGUCAUCUGGCUGGCGUUCGUGCCCAUCUACUUCUCGACGGCCAACCACGUGGCGCUGCGCAUCACCACCAUGUCCGUGUCCAUCAGCCUGAGCGCCAGCAUCGCCAUCGCGUGUCUCUUCACGCCCAAGCUGUACAUCAUCCUGCUGCACCCGGAGCGCAACGUGCGCCAGUCGAUGAUGUCGCAGAAGCAGAACCAGUACAAGCCGGUGCCGAACAACACCAGCCUCACGUCACGCACCAGGGUGGACUCCUGCACGCAGAGCGACGACAUCGAGCUGGAACGGCUGAGGGUGUGUCCAGUCUGCUCGGCCGGCUCCAAUGGGCACGUGGGCUCGCCGCGCCACCUCGGCCGCCGGCCGCUGCCGCACCGCGCCGGCGUCAACGGGCCCGUCCAGGACGUGCCAGACGUGCAGCUGUAGGGUCUGCUGGACGUGCAGCUGUAGGGCACGCUGGACGUUCAGCGGCGGCACCUGGACGCGUCCAAUGCUAGACUGUGGUUAGGCCUAUAUGCGCCUGAAGAACCUGGACGCGCUGCCGUGGAAUCUAAACGUGCAGUCGUAGGACAUGCACGUCCUGGACGCGCAGCUGAAGUCCUGUGCGUGCAUCCACGGGACCGGGACAUGCAGCUGCCUGGUCUUAUUCGGCUGGACACGGCAAGACACUGUGCAUGCCUGAGGCAUAUCCUACGACAGUGGUUCAGGACCGCUUGACGGUGGGAGCGUCUGUGCCAGUUUAUGAUGCCGAACUGUAAGGGGCAGUC